AUGGCUGAAGGAAUUGGUUUCUCCUUUUUGGGGAAAGCUCUGGGGGGAAUUGGAGCGUACUUGGUUGAUCCGAUCAGCCGACAGUUUGGUUAUCUGUUUUGCUUCAACGCCAACAUUCAAAGUCUUGAGACUCAAUUGGACAGCCUAAAAGUGACAAGAGAAGGGGUUGAACUAGGGGUGGAUGAAACACGCAACAAUGUCAGAACCGUUGGACCUCAUCUUGAGGCAUGGCUGACUAACGCAAAUGACAACACAGCAGAGGCAGAGACAAUUAUUAAAGACAAGGCCCAAGUUCAAAAGGGGUGUUUCAAUGGGUGGUGUCCAAAUCUCAAGUUGCGUUACUCACUGGGCAGGAAAGCCGUGAAGAAGACUCGGGAACUUGCUCUUCUCCAUGCUGAGGGUAGCAACUACAUUCAGUCGUCCUACAAUCCACCACCACCAAGCACAGAACCUAUAUGUACAACAACAGAAUUCCAGGGGUUUAAUUCUCAAAAUCUGGUCAUGAACGAGAUCAUUGAGGCUUUGAAAGAUGAUGGGAUCCACUUGAUUGGGAUAUGCGGGAUGGCUGGAGUGGGCAAGACAACAAUGGCAAAAGAAGUUGCAAAAAGAACCAAAAAUCUCUUCAAUGAAUUUCCAAUGGCAGUUGUCAGCCAAGAGCCAGACCUAACUAAGGUUCAAGGGUGUAUUGCAGACAUGUUGGGUGUCAAACUUGAUGACAGGUUGAGCCCGAUAGCAAGAGCAAGUCUCCUACGCAAGAGACUUCUGCUAGACAACAAGAAAAUUCUAGUUAUAUUGGAUGACAUUUGGAAAGAAUUUGAUCUAGAGGACUUGGGAUUUCCUUUGGAAGGAGGCAGCAACAAGAGUUGUUUACCACUUGCCCUCAUAACUAUCGGAAGGGCUCUUACAAACGAACAGUGGAUUGCGCAAAUGUUUUGGCACAGGACUACAAAUAUGUUGAGUUGA